AUGUCGACCUUUGGUAGCCCCGGCGGACGCCAAAUCACUUCAAAGCCUAUUCCACCAGAACGAGGAUCAUUCCCUCUGGACCACGAAGCCGAAUGUCAACCCAUCAUGAAGUUAUACCUCAAAUGUCUACGCACUAAAAGAGGAGUCAACGACGACGAGUGUCGACAAUUGAGCAAGAGCUAUCUGCAAUGUAGAAUGGAAAGAAAUCUCAUGGCACCCGAUUCAAUGAAGAAUCUAGGAUACGRCGAAGACCCCACAGCCGAUGCAUCGACAGGUGCCGCAGCACAAUCGAGUACCGAAGCGGCAGGAAAGAAUGAACAAAAGACCACAAAGUAG